AAAAAUCAAUGGUUGUAUUUACAAGCAUUAUUUGAUCGUUAUUUAAUACAAGUUUCUAUCCUCCAUUACAUACAACUGUAUCUGUUCAACCAAAUACUUCAAUAGUACAAAAUAGUUUUCUAAAUGGUGGGGUUUCAAAAGCUGAUUUACCUUAUCGAAGUUUAGCACAAUUUGGUGUUCUUUCAAAAAUUCAAACACAAAUGUUUGAUACAACUGAUCCACAUUCAUUUAUGAGUUCAUUAACACCCAUACAAGGUUUACCAGGUGCUGCACAAUUAGAUAUGAAUGUAUCAUGUUUAUUUAUGCAUGAAUUACGACAUAAAUAUAAACAUGGUGAAUAUGAAGAUUUAGAACAUAUAAGUGAAAAUCAAAAUGAUGAAUCGAAAUGCUAA